CUUCUCUUCUAUCUCCGAAGGGGGCUCCAUUAUGUCUCACUGAGGACACUGACUCUGGACAUGAGGCCCUCAUUUCUCCUUCCUCGGUGCUACGCUUUUGGAUUGAGCGGGGGGACUUUCCAUACUGUUAUCCUCAGUUCAAGGCCUUCUUAAACCCUCCUUUUGGUUGGCAGGAGUGGGUCGAUGAUGUUCUCUCGGACAAGAGCUUCUGUCAGCGGCUUCAAGAGGCCCGGCUAUUGAUCCCGGUGAAAAUAUCUAGAUCUCUAUCCAUCCGUCGCAACAAUGCUAGCUUGGAAGCCAUGGCUCUUCGGUGGAGCACCGAGACACACACCUUUAUACUUGGCCAGCACGAGAUGGGGCCCACCCUUGAGGAUGUGUUCAUGUUGCUGCGUCUGGAAGUGACCGGCCCUGAUGCCUUCGACCCUGAGCAGACACCCCCCGAAGAUGAUUCUUUGAUCCAAUCUCUGAAGCUAAAUCUUCAAACUUGUGGUCGGUGGAGUUCUGUUUUUGAUGGUUCAGCGAGGAGGACUAGUCGAGUAAGGACGGACCGUGCCUCCUAUACUGCAUGGAUCCGUUACUUCUUCAAGGAUCUUCAGCCCUUGGCCAGAGAUGCUGACCCUGACUCUCGGGAGUAUGAGGCCGGUCCGAUGUAUGGCUCCAGGCUCUAUUUCUUGGGAUUUCUGGCUUGCUUCCUUUCAUUCUUCAUUCUUUCGAGCACGCCUCCGGAUUCCCUCAAUCCUUUCGUCUUCCCCUUGGCAGUUAGGCUCUUCAGAGGAGAUCGGAUCUCUUUGGCUCCCCUAUUUCUUGGGAAUCUCUAUUAUCGGCUGGAUCUACUACAUCGAGAUAUGGUUCGCUCCGUGGGUCGAUAUGAGCCUGUCUCCUUUAUUCACAGCCAGUUCCUCCUUUGUUUCUUCUUCGAGAGGUUCCCAAAAUUUGCCCCUGCUUCGACUGUAUUCGAGGCAGAGGUUCUUCGGGAGAUAGUGGAUAAAGAUGGCAUCCCCGUGCUCGAUAUUGAUGGGUCUCGGACAUUUGGGAAAGCGAAGUCUUGCCAGCCGUUGAUUACACGUUGGUCACGUACCAUUUCCACCUUAUCCUUGAAUACUCUAGUGGAUGAUCUCCGACGCUUUGUGGCACGGCCGUAUGUAUGCCCGCCUGUGGGUGUGGCCACACCGCUUAUCUAUCAUGGUUCCUCCCGCUCGGUGUCCUUUCCUUUGCCGAAGAACAUCCCUGCACCCUUUGUUGAUAUGCUGAUUAUGAUCCGUCCGAGUUCAUUACCGGUAUGGCAUGAGGAAGGCGUUGAUAGUGCCAUUUAUAGGCCUGACUGCGUAGCAUGUCAAUUCGGGUUUGAUCAAUGUGCCACGGGGCCAGCACCUCCUUUAUUAUCAUUUUCAGCGAGCUACGGGCACUUCAGUCGCGGGCUUGUACACACCGUGCUUCCCAUAUCCGGCUCUUUGACGAUGCCAGGCUUGAGCCGAGUAGGGGGUUUCACCCCCUCUUUCAGGCGGUAUUGGCAGAAGAAUAUCGAUGCGUUUAUUGCAUUUGUCCAGAGCAGACCGACCGUAUGUUUGCCUCCGCCGAUUUAUAAGAAGGAUUCUUCUCUUCGGCUACCCGAGAGCCGAAAAUCUGACCACAUGUACGAGAGUUUCUUCACCUCAUCUGCUCCAACUGACCCUUCUGCUAGGGCAUCUGCUUCUAGCUUGGCAAUUACUUCUUUGGAGCCAGUCCCUUUGAAUAAGGCCUCUGGUCCUCGGACGACCCGCCUUAAGAAGAUGGCUCACAAGAGGACUUCUGAUGCCAGUCCUUCCGCUCCUCGCCUUUCCAAAAGGCUUCAUGAGGAUCCUGCGGUUGUUGACGUUCUCAGUACCGAGGCUCCUGGCCAUGCGGCCUCCCCCAGGCCGGACUCAGACUUGGACGACAUCCUCCCUUUGUCUGCAAGACUUGUGAAGAUGCGCACCUCUUGUAUAGCAGUUAUAGAUGAUGACGAUGAUGAGGCUGAGUCCUCCGACCAUUUUUGUGACCUUAUUCCACGCAUGCGUCGUCACUGCCCUACCGUAGCUGAGGAGGAGCGCAAUCUUGGUGACGAGGUUAUUGGGGCUCACCGUUCUGAUGUUGAGAUUACUGAAGGGACUGAUGCCAUAGAAAUUGAUGCCGUAGGCCAUGCUUCUAGAAGCAAUGUAGAGACGAGGUGCGCCUCUGGGAAUGGUGUGGAGGUGGAUGUGCUAGAAAUCUCUGAGACUCGCUCUGGCACUUAUGGUGAUUCUCAUCCUCCGGCCCUCCUUCCUUCUUCAGGGAUGACUGCUACUGUUCAAGCUUCGUCAGACAUUGAGAUCGAUCAGGUGGUCUCUACACGACCAAGUGACUUUGUUGAUGCUAGGAGUCCUUCAGUUGCCCCUGCUUUGCAUAUUGAUUCUCCCUCUGUGUUAGCUGCUACCGGGGUCCUGCCUUCACCUGCCUCGGACUCUGCUCCAGUGUUAGCUGCUACCGGGGUCCCGUCUUCACCUGCCCCGGACUCUACUCCGACUCUCUUUGUAACUCCUCACGGUUCUCCUUCUCAAGGGGGAACAUCUGCCUUUGAGACGACUGCCAGAGGUUCUUUAUCGCCAGUGCCUUUGAAUAUUUUGGAUUUGAAUCUCAGUGAUUUUCACAUUGAUAGUGAUGCUUUUGGUCUUUCCCCUUAUCGUUCAGCAUUCUCAAGCUCGGGACCUCUGCCGGGAGUUACCCCUCCAGGUGGUUCAUCUAACACGAUAGACAUUGGGGAGAUUCCUGAGACUAGCAGCUUUCCGGCCCCAAUUCCUCCUUCAGCUUCUGGCAAAGUAUCAUUUCUCCAUUAUUGGGUAGCUCCUGAGUUUGCUUCAGUUCUACAGCUUGUGCAUUCAAGUUACCCGGAGACCUUUGCUUCAUUUGCUUGCCAGUGUCCACUCAUUCAGACUGCUCUUCUCGAGCCUUUUGCCACUAUCUUAUAUAGCUUGGACACGCAACGGUUGUGUGACCUUAAUGGAAAAGUAGUCGAGACGGCGUAUCAGGGGAUCUCUGACAUGGAGCGUCACCAAGUGGACUUAUCAUGGCUUCGGAAGCGCCUGGAUAUAGCUUCGAACGCCAUACAGCUUACAGAAGCCACGAGACCUCAGAUGGUUCCAUUGCUCAUCCAGUCCAUCCUCAGAGGAAAGGUGCCGCCAACCGGCCCUAAUCACUGCACUUACAUCCCUGGCAAAGGUACCGGUACUUGCACAUAG